UCCCUCUGCAGGGCAGCGCCGCGCUCGCCCGGCCCUCGUGGGCCUGUGUUCUAGCGGCCCUUCCCAGUGCCCCGGGGCUCCCCGUUCCCGCCGGCCGGGGGAGGCCCGGGGGCUGGGAGGCAGCGGCAGCUCUCCGGGAGGGGAAAGGCAGCCAGCGCUGGUCCUGGGGCUCCGUGUCCGGCGGGAGCUGCGGCGGUGCAUGGGCGGGGAGGCCCCGCCGGCGGCCAUGAGAUGACCGGAGCGCCGUGCCCUGCCUAGAGCCGCCCCGCGGGACCGCCGGCAGCCAUGGCGUCGGAGGAGGCCUCGCUGCGGGCUCUGGAGAGCCUCAUGACCGAGUUCUUCCACAACUGCACCAGCAACGAGCGCAAGCGCGAGAUCGAGGAGCUUCUCAAUAACUUUGCCCAGCAGAUUGGAGCCUGGAGAUUCUGCCUCUACUUCCUGUCCAGUACCAGGAAUGACUAUGUGAUGAUGUACAGCCUGACUGUGUUUGAGAACCUGAUCAAUAAGAUGUGGCUGGGGGUCCCCUCCCAAGACAAGAUGGAGAUCCGCAGCUGCCUGCCCAAGCUGCUCCUGGCUCACCACAAGACUCUGCCUUACUUCAUCAGGAACAAGCUCUGCAAGGUCAUUGUGGACAUCGGCCGCCAGGACUGGCCCAUGUUCUACCACGACUUCUUCACCAACAUCCUGCAGCUCAUCCAGUCCCCUGCCACCACCCCUCUGGGGCUGAUCAUGCUGAAGACCACCUCCGAGGAGCUGGCCUGCCCUCGGGAGGACCUCUGCGUGGCCAGGAAGGAGGAGCUGCGCAAGCUGCUGCUGGACCAGGUGCAGACGGUGCUGGGGCUGCUGACAGGUAUUUUGGAGAGCAUCUGGGACAAGCACAGUGUCACUGCUGCCACUCCACCACCAUCCCCAACCUCAGGAGAAAGUGGUGAGCUGCUGAGCGGCCUGCUGCAGAGCCCCAGCGCGGCCAAGCUGCUGAGCCAGCCGGUGCCGGCGCUGGAGGGCGAGAGCGAGCAGGUGUGCUCGCUGGCGCUGGAGUGCCUGGCGCACCUCUUCAGCUGGAUCCCCCUCUCCAGCAGCAUCACCCCCGCGCUGCUCACCGCCGUCUUCCACUUCGCGCGCUUCGGCUGCGCCGCGCGGGGCCGCAAGCCCCGCGCCCCCAACGGCCCCGCCGCGCCCCCCGCGCCCGAGCGCGCCCGCCUGGGCGUGCUGGCCAUGGCCUGCAUCAACGAGCUGAUGGCCAAGAACUGCGUGCCCCUGGAGUUCGAGGAGUACCUGCUGCGCAUGUUCCAGCAGACCUUCUACCUGCUGCAGAAGAUCACCCGCGAGCACAACGCCCGCUCCGUCAAGAGCCGCCUGGAGGAGCUGGACGAGAGCUACAUUGAGAAGUUCACAGACUUCCUGCGGCUCUUCGUCAGCGUCCACCUGCGCCGCAUCGAGUCCUACUCCCAGUUCCCCGUGGUGGAGUUCCUGGCACUCUUGUUCAAAUACACUUUCCAUCAGCCCACCCAUGAAGGUUACUUUUCUUGCUUGGACAUCUGGACACUCUUCUUGGACUACCUGACCAGCAAGAUCAAGAGCCGCCUGGCAGACAAGGAGGCAGUGCUCAGCAGGUACGAGGAUGCCCUGGUGCUGCUGCUGACAGAGGUGCUGAACCGCAUCCAGUUCAGGUACAACCAGGCGCAGCUGGAGGAGCUGGAUGACGAGACCCUGGAUGAUGAUCAGCAGACGGAGUGGCAGCGCUACCUGCGCCAGAGCCUGGAGGUGGUGGCCAAGGUGAUGGAGCUCCUGCCCACUCACGCCUUCUCCACGCUGUUCCCAGUCCUGCAGGAGAACUUGGAAGUGUACCUGGGACUGCAGCAGUUUGUGGUCACUUCAGGGACAGGGCCCAGGCUGAACAUCACUGCGGAGAACGACUGCCGGCGGCUGCACUGCUCCCUGCGCGACCUCAGCUCCCUGCUGCAGGCCGUGGGGCGCCUGGCAGAGUACUUCACUGGGGACGUCUUUGCUGCCAGGUUCAACGAUGCCCUCACCGUGGUGGAGAGGCUGGUGAAGGUGACACUCUAUGGAUCCCAGAUCAAGCUGUACAACAUCGAGACUGCGGUGCCCUCGGUGCUCAAACCUGACCUGAUCGAUGUGCACGCGCAGUCGCUGGCAGCGCUGCAGGCCUAUGCCCACUGGCUGGCACAGUUCUACGGCGAGGUGCAGCGCCACAGCCCGCAGCAGUUCGUCUCGCUCAUCUCCACCGCCCUGGAGGCCAUCACUCCUCUCAUCAGCUGCAAGGUGCAGGAGAAGCUGCUGCUGUCUGCCUGCCACCUGCUGGUGUCCCUGGCCACCACGGUGCGCCCGGUGUUCCUCAUCAGCAUCCCAGCCAUGCAGAAGUUGUUCACCAGGGUCACAGAGCCCUCUGCACAGCGCCUCCCAGACAAGGCACAGGUGCUGGUGUGCAGAGCUCUGUCCAACCUCCUGCUGCUGCCCUGGCCCAACCUGCCCGAGAGCGAGCAGCAGUGGGCCGAGCGCUCCACCAACCAUGCCAGCCUCAUCUCUGCCCUCACCAGGGACUACAGGCAGCUCAAACCUGCUGCCAGCCUGCACCACAGGAAGCUGCAGCUGGAGGACACCAAGGUGCUGAUCCAGCAGACGCUGGCCGUGCUGCAGGACAUUGUGCAGAGCGUCUCCGGGGAGGCCACCAAGUCGCGGCAGAUCUGCUACCAGUCGCUGCAAGAAUCCGUCCAGGUCUCACUUGCCCUCUUCCCAGCUUUCAUUCAUCAGUCAGAUGUGACAGAUGAGAUGCUGAGCUUCUUCCUCACCCUGUUCCAAGGCCUGAGGGUGCAGAUGGGAGUGUCUUUCACUGAGCAGAUCAUACAGACCUUCCUCAACAUGUUCACCAGGGAGCAGCUGGCAGAGAGCAUCCUGCACGAGGGCAGCACCGGCUGCCGGGUGGUGGAGAAGUUCCUGAAGAUCCUGCAGGUGGUGGUGCAGGAGCCAGGCCAGGUGCUGAAGCCCUUCCUGCCCAGUGUCAUCUCCCUGUGCAUGGAGCAGGUGUACCCCAUCAUUGCCGAGCGCUCCUCCCCCGACGUGAAGGCAGAGCUCUUCGAGCUGCUCUUCAGGGUGCUGCACCACAACUGGAGGUACUUCUUCAAGUCCAGCGUGCUGGCCAGCGUGCAGCGCGGCCUGCCCGAGGAGCCCAUGGAGAACGAGGCCCAGUUCAGCGCCAUCAUGCAGGCCUUUGGGCAGUCCUUCCUGCAGCCUGACAUCCACCUCUUCAAGCAGAACCUCUUCUACCUGGAGACACUCAACACCAAGCAGAAGCUGUACCACAAGAAGAUCUUCAGGACAACCAUGCUGUUCCAGUUCGUGAACGUGCUGCUGCAGGUGCUGGUGCACAAGUCCCACGACCUGCUGCAGGAGGAGAUUGGCAUUGCCACCUACAACAUGGCCUCAGUGGACUUUGAUGGCUUCUACUCUGCCUUCCUCCCCGAGUUCCUGGCCAGCUGUGAUGGUGUGGACUCCAACCAGAAGAAUGUGCUGGGGAGGAAUUUCAAGAUGGACAGGGACCUGCCCUCCUUCACGCAGAGCGUGCACAGGCUGGUGAACGACCUGCGCUACUACCGCCUCUGCAACCACAGCCUGCCCCCGGGCACCGUCAAGCUAUAGUCCCUGCGCCGGGCCGGCC